CAGUCUAAUGUUUUAGUGGAUCUCAAGGAAGGAGAAUACAAGGCUUACCUAACGGACUUCGGCUUGUCAAGUAUCCUCUGCGAACGUUUAAAAGAGUGCUCGAUUGAAGCAUCAACAAUUGUUCGGCCUGGCGCAAUCAGAUGGACUGCGCCCGAGUUGAUGAGGUCACCAGACUCCCCUCCCGAUGUCAAACCAUCCACGCAGAACGACAUGUAUUCCUUUGGUCGUGUCAUGUUCCAUUUGUUGACUCUGACUGUUCCUUGGCAUGACAUUGAUGAUUACAGAGUCAUUCAAAAAAUACAAAAUGGAGAGGACGUCCCGCGUCCUGAGGUAUCCGAGGCGACGUCUGACGUCACAGACGCCCGCUGGGAUCAUAUCAAACAGUGUUGGUCAAUUGAUCCAGCUGCUCGUCCA